UACGUUUCGUUCAGGAAAUAGGCCGCCAUUUUGUGUGUGGUCACUUGACUCAUCGUACAACUGGUGCUAAGUUUUCUAAUAAUACGCAUCCCACGGUGACACGCCCCCGGUGGUACAUCAACAAGGGGUGUGGCAAGACGUGGAAGUAGCGAGAGAGACGGAGAAGCAAAGAAAAAGAGUGUAACUGAUCGAAGUAUGGAAAGAGACCGUGACGUCCUUGACUUCAUUAAAUGGUUAUGUGACGAUUUCAGCUCCCAGUCCUCAAAUUUAGACCUAGGUGACUUAUCCGUAGACCUACAUGACCAGGGGGACCCGAACGGAGAUGUGACUGAGGGGGAUAUGUCUGACCUGGCCUUCGUUCAGUGUGAGAUCGCCAGGUCACCGCAGGGGGUCUCUAGAGGGUCGCCACAGGGACAAGUCGAGGGGUCACAUAUGGGUCACAGUGAUGCGCCUGACCUCCCCGUGAACUGUGAAGUGGACGAGUUACUAGGAGGCCCCUUGUCCCCUGGCAACAUAGAACUGACACUCCAGGACCUCGAGCAACUCCAGAACCACGCAAGCGCCAUUGGACCCUUGCAGAAUGCCCCUGAAGGAUGCCACACCGACCACCUCCCAGUGCCCCAGAUGAAUGCCAAGACAGGGAGCCGUGCAUUCAACUACAUCCCCAACAAUGCCCUGCUGGAGACACAUGGCGUUCCAGCACCUUCCCGCCAGGCAUUCCUGACCCCAGGGUACGAUGGCACUCCCCCACUGAAGGAUCUGUCUGGAGAGUUGAAACUGGUGACAGGGGAAGUCACUGGUGAUGUUCUGUGUGACAAUGUGGGUGUUAAGGUGCCACAUACAGCUUACAGUGUUCCUGUCGCUCUUGAUACUGUACCUGUAGAGUCAAAAAUAGUGCCAAAUGAAACUAGUGCCUCUUUUCCUAUUGGCACUGUAUCUGUACUGCCAAAAAUAGUGCCAGGUAUAGCCAGUGAUUCCUCUACUAUCUGCAGCAGUCAACUAGCAGAUUUAAAGGUGCCAGAUAGGGCCAGGAGUGCCUCUGUUCCUUGUGGCAAUCAUGUAGAUACAAAAUUAACGGUGCCAGAUAGUGUAAGCAGUGCCCCUAUUCUUUGUGGCACUCCUACUGUAGAUACAAGGGUCACAGUGCCAGACAAGGCCAACAACACCUCUGUUCCUUGUGUCACUCAGACCUCGGACACCAAACUGGCACAAGACACUGCCAGCACAUGCCAUUCUGCAGCAUACGGCACUGUCACCAUCAACACGUCACUGAUCCCGGCAUCGGAGAGUGCCAGCGACAUCGGCCUACACAGCACACGAACCAUAGACACCACAAACAUUGCACAGCACAACGGCACAAAGAAGAGAGUCAGAAAACGGAAAAACGCAAGCGAAACCGUGAAAAAAACAAGAAAAUAUGAGCAGGGGCCCCUCAGUGACCAGCUGGAGGAGAGGAAACGCCUGGACGCCAUCAGGGCCAAGAAGUGCCGCGAGAGGAACCGAGGCGAGAUCCUGGCACUGAGGGAGAAGCUGGCACAGAUGGAGAAGGAGAAGAAUGCCAUGGUGCAGGAGCUGGCCGAACGUCAGGCGUACGAGGAGGUGAUCCGGAAAAUACUGUGGGAGAAGACCGGCAUUAUGGUGCUUCCCUUCACUCCCUCCAGCGACAAGAAAGUGCCACCUCAGCCGCAGACCAGUGGAUGAACACACACACACAUACACACACAUUUCUCUUAACUUUUAAUGAAUCUAGAGCACUUUUUUACCUUCAGUCUCCUGCACUACACCGGUGGAACGCACAAAGACAGGUACUGACAGGUGUGAAGAGAGGAACUGGUAUUAUGAAACAGUUUGAAUAGUCUUCUAAGGCCACAGUGUGUGUUAACCCUUUCACUGCAACACAGAACAAUUGGCAACACCAGAAGUAUUGAAUGAAAUCUUUAAAAGCAUCUACAAGAAAGAAGGGCAUUAUAAAAAAGGUAGAUUUUGUAAUUUCUACCUGGUUUAAGGAUUGGAGGUGGCUGUAGAACAAGUAACGAUGUCUUAGUGAUUAGUAAUUAAGGAAAGGUGUACCAAUUUGCAGUCAAAGGGUUAAUGGACCACUCAUUUGUUUUUCCCCCAUGGCUUCCAUAUUUGGUUAAAAAAAAACUGCCUUUUAUUAACUUAGAUUGUUUUUCAUUUAAUACAGUUUUCAAAUGCCACAAAGAUAGGUUCAGCUUUCAAGAUAGUGGAUAAUAACCCAGGUUGUGUCUGUUUUCAAAGGCUUCAGAUAAUUAGGUCGUUUUCAAGAUGACAGAGAUAAUUAGAGAAAGGCUUCAGAUAAUUAGGUUGUUUUCAAGAUGACAGAUAAUUAGAUUGUGUAUGUUUUUAAAGGUCUCACUGGUAAUUAUUAAAGUUCUGUCUUGUUUCAAAGGCUACACAUAAUUAGUGAGGUUCUGUCUGGUUUCAAAGGUCAGGGAAAUAGUCAGGUUCUGUCUGUUUUUUAAAAGAAAACAAAAGCCAC